CACAACCACAACCACAACCAUAGCAAUAGCAAUAGCAAUAACAAUUUCAAAAGUGAAUUGAUCCUGUACUUGAUUUUAUGAAAGAAAAUGGAUGUGGAUUUGCACUUACAAGGAGAAGAUUUGUCAACCAACAAUGAGAAUUUGUAUACGAAUGAAUUAGGUAUUCCUCCUCCAAGACAGGAAAACAUUACUGAGUUAAGUCGCUAUUUAAAUGACUUAAGAACUGCAUUCAAUGAAAAAAGCUAUCUAUUUAAAAGGAGUGAGUUAGAACAAGGUUUUGAACGAAUUGCUUUACGAACCAGGGAAAUGAAUUCUGAAAAGGAUUAUCUUGAACAAAUAAAACUUGUUGAGAGGCGUCUGAAUCACUACAAAAAUGCAGAGGAGUCUAAUAAUAAUCAACCUCCACAAUGGUUUAUUAACUUUUUUAAUGAUCCUAAUGUUGGAAUUCUUGCUCUUAAAAGGGAGAUAGUAUCCCUGGAUGCCCCAUUUGAAAACCGUCAAAAUCAACGACUGGAAGCAUUUGAAAACCGUCAAAAUCAACGCCUGGAUGCGCGACUGGAAGCAUUUGAAAACCGUCAAAAUCAACGGACGGACGCAAUAAUAGAAAGCCUUCAUAGUAUCAAUCAAAAACUGAACAGGCAGGAGUAUCGAUAUCAUAGAAUGAACAACAUACAGAUGAGAUCCUUGGGGAAAUCCAUCGAUGUCGUUCCAUAUUUAAACGGCCAAGAACCAGACUUUGAUCUGCCGCAGAUUCAUUCAAUUGAGGAUAUCGAGAACUUGACAAAAGAUCAAUGUACUCGUUAUCUUGACGGCUAUGGAAUUCGGUAUGGGCCGAAUGAGACGAUAAAAUUAAAGGAGCGUCUUCGUAAUGCCGUCGGAUUAGAGUCCUUAGGAGAUAACGAGUUUCCUUUAUCCGGGUUUCGUUGA